GUUAUUUAAUGUUUGCAUUCUGCUUAAUUUCUUCACUUUCAUUGCAUUGUUUCGAAUAAUUCAUUAUCGUGGGAGAUGAAUACCUCGAUUGUUCAAUUGUUGAGGCCACAUUUCCAGAUAUUUGGAUGAUUUUUCGAGGGUACGGGGGGAACACGAUGGGAUCAUUAGGACGAGAUACAGAUCCAGGAUGACGAGCGAAUCUGAGAAAAAACCUGAACUCUGUCUGAUAUGCAAUGGGAGAAACUCUAUCUCUGGGGAUUGUGUGCAAAUAUUCAGUGAUCGUGACAAUGGUAGUGGAAAAGCACUUUCUGAAACCAUAUGCUGUCUACUAGACACUCACAUUACAUCGGACAAUGCCCAUUCCACUGUUUUGUGUCCAACCUGUUAUCAAUCGUGUCAAGAAUUCGAGGAGUUAGAGAAGAAGAUGAUGACAAUCAAGCAGGAAUUGUCCGGGAAUCAUCAGACAACCGUCAAGGAACUAUCGAAAUUAGAUAAUCCGGGAGAUGAAUGCAAUGAUCACGAUUAUUUAGAUGGAGUGGAGCAUCACAUUGUAGAGGAGGAGGAAGAUGACGAGAAGGACAUAAAGGAAGGCACUAAGAUCGAACAGCCAGACAUCAAGGACACUCCGGACACCACCAUGGAGGAACACUUGGAUGAGCAGCUGUUGCAAGAAGAUCUCAACACAGAUCACGCUGAGCAGACUAAACUGACGGAGGUCUACCUCGACGAGUCCAUCAGCAUCAAAUACGAGGAGGAAUGUGACGCCCUAAAAUUGACAAAAGCUGAGGAGAGGAGGAGAAGAGAAGGUCGAAAAUCCAAGAGCAAUUCAAGGGACGAAAUUCAAGAGCCAAUUAUCAUAAAAGUAGACAACUCCUACACGUGCCUGAUCUGCCCCAAGGACGACGGAUCAGGGGUAACAGGUGAUGCCAAGGAGAUGGUCACCCACAUGAAGACAGCCCACGACACUCGGCUGUACAUCUGCGACAUUUGUGGCCUUGACUUCAGGAAAAGAAACGAAUUAUCGAUUCACCUGGACGAUCAUGUGGCGAAGGAGGAGGGCGACUUCCAGUGUGAAGUCUGCAACAGGAUAUUCAGUAACUUGAGGCUGUUUAGGAUCCACCGGAGGAUACACUAUCCCCAGGUGAAGUCGUGGCCCUGCGAGACAUGCGGUAAACGUUACAGCUCAAGGAAUUUGCUUGAUGAGCAUGUGAACACUCACAUCGGAGUGAGGCCGUAUAUAUGUGAGACCUGUGGCAAGGAUUUUGCGUCUAAGUACACCUUCAAGGCUCACGUCAAGACCCACGAGGUUCGUCCUAGGCCCUUCGAGUGCACACAAUGUAACAAAAGCUUCCUAAGCCAGCAGAAUCUCAACCAGCACGAGAAAACACAUCUGGGAGUUAAGGAGUACAUUUGUCAUCAGUGUGGGAAGGCUUUUGGCUCACCCCAUAACCUGGAGGUCCACAACAUCGUCCACACUGGCUACAAACCGUACAUUUGCAAGAUGUGUGGAAAGGCAUUCGCACGAAAAGCCGAAAUUCGAGAUCACGAGAGGACACACACGGGGGAAAAACCUUAUCAGUGUGAAUUUUGUGGAGCUACAUUCAGCCAACGAUCGAAUUUACAAUCUCACAAACGAGCGACACACUACAAUGACAAGAGGUACAAGUGCGAUGACUGUGGUAAGGGCUUUAAGAGACGUCGACUCCUGGAUUAUCACAUUAAGGCCGCCCACACUGGGGAAAGACCGUACAAAUGUGACACCUGUUCAGCGACCUUUGUGUAUCCAGAACAUUUUAAAAAACACAUGAGGAUCCACACGGGGGAGAAACCCUACUUGUGCGAAGUCUGUGGCAAGGCAUUCAACAGUCGAGAUAAUCGUAAUGCCCACAGGUUCAUCCACAGUGACAAAAAACCCUACGAGUGCCUUGUGUGUGGCAUGGGAUUCAUGAGAAAGCCUCUGCUCUACGCUCACAUGCAGUCCCAGGGUCAUUUGAACGACACUAUUGUUGUGAAUCAGCCCAGGCUGACCACUGAGGAGGACCAGGUCAUUCUACCCGAGGGGGAUGUUGAGUUGAUGCUCGAGGAUGAUGGAGAUGAACUUGGUGAGACUGAACUCUAUGUCACAGAUCUGAAGGACCACGUGAUUAUCCACGAUAAUCAGAAUAUCUAUCAGGAGGAAAAUGUUUUGAAUAUCACUGAGGGGGAGGGCUUGGGAGAGGGAGGAGUACAGCACAUGGUUGUUGAUAACCAGAUGGCCUUUGCUGAGGGGGAAGUCAUUCAGUGUAAAACGAACGACGAGGGAGAACAAGUGUACAGUUAUAACGGGGGUGAGGAUGAACAGACGAUAGUUGUGUCUGCAGGAGCUGAAUACAAAGAGUUGAUGGGUGAUAGCAAGAAUCCUGUGAGAUUGGUUCAAAUUAGAAUUCCGUCUUCAACUGGGAUUGAGGGGAAAAGUUGGUUGAGUCUUGUUCAGCAGAACACGUAACUUUAUUCGAUUGGAUGAUUAUUUAGUUAAUUUAUCAGUGAGUGAAGGACGAAAUUAAUUCAUGUGUUACAACAAAUUAACAGAUGAGUCUAGGGCUUUUCUCGAGAAGUCUAUUGAAUUUCCAUUGUUAUUCCACUGGAACAAGAAUCUAAUGCUACUUUUAUUACUUAGCCAUUUGUUUAUUGGAGUAUAUUUCCAAACCAAACGUUGGAUUUUCUUAACAAUAAUUGUUUCAAUAAUAUUCUAUUCUUUUGUAUGAAAAGAAUUCUCAUAGUGCACCAAUAAAAAUUCUCGGGAAUUUUUGAGAGGAGCCCCAGGUUUAUAUUAAUUUUUGUCGUACGAGUUGAUACAAAUAAUCAGCUCGUAAUUGUAAUGUUCACUUUGCUGUUUGAUUUGCAAUUACUUUGAAUUACCUGUAAUUAUGAAAUGGAAUAAAAGAUUGGUGGUUUUUUUAUGA